AUGCUCUUUCCUGGAGAAGCACAAUUCCCUCUCCUUCGUGACUGUCUCAUUCAUUUUACAUGCUCUUUUCCUGGAAAGGCUUUAAUUCCUCUCCUUCGUGACUCUCUUUCCUGGAAAAGCUUUAAUUCCUCUCUUCGUGACUCUCAUUCAUUUUUACAUGCUCUUUCCUGGAGAAAAGCUUUUGUUCCUCUCCUUCGAGACUGUCUCAUUCAUUUUACAUGCUCUUUCCUGGAGAAAGGUUUUAUUCCUCUCCUUCGUGACUGCUUUAAUUCCCUCUCCUUCGUGACUGUCUCAUUCAUUUUUACAUGCUCUUUCCUGGAAAAGCUUUUAAUUCCUCUCCUUCGUGACUGUCUCAUUCAUUUUACAUGCUCUUUUUCCUGGAAAGGCUUUAAUUCCUCUCCUUCGUUACUGUCUCAUUCAUUUUACAUACUCUUUCCUGGAGACUGUCUCCCAUUUAGUCCUCUCUUUCGUGACUGUCUAUUUCAUUUUACAUACUUUAGUUCCUCUCUCCUGGACUCUUUCUUGAAAAGCUUUCUAAUUCCUCUCCUUCGUGACUGUCUCAUUCAUUUUACAUGUCUUUUUUUCUGGAAAGCUUUAAUUCCUCUGUGUUUCUCAUUCAUUUUACCUCUUCCUUCGCUUUAA